AUGCGGUCACUGGCGAUCCUGGUCGGGCUCCUGCUGGUCAUUCGGCUCUCCAGGUGCGAGAUCUUGACGCCACCGUAUUUCAACCUAGCCGAGGGCAAGGAGAUUGUUGCCUCAGCCACAUGCGGUGUCGAUACCACUGGUCCAGAGCUUUAUUGUAAACUUGUUGGCGCAAAUGCAGACCAGGACGAAGAUAUCAAUUUGAUUCAAGGACAGGUAUGCGAUUAUUGCGAUCCUGAUAACCCCGAGAAGAGACAUCCGCCUGAAUAUGCAGUCGAUGGUAUGGAGACUUGGUGGCAAUCACCACCGUUAUCUAGGGGGAUGAAAUAUAACGAGGUUAAUUUGACGAUCAACCUGGGACAGGAAUUCCAUGUGGCUUACGUUUACAUGCGAAUGGGCAACUCUCCUCGGCCGGGACUUUGGGUCCUAGAGAAAUCAAAGGACUACGGCAAGACUUGGUCACCCUGGCAGUACUUCUCGGACUCCGCCAGCGAUUGUCUCACGUACUUCGGUGUGGACAGUCAUAAGCCGAUUAUUCGGGACGACAGCGUGAUCUGCACGACUGAAUUUUCGCAAGUGGUCCCGCUCGAGGGUGGCGAGAUUCCGAUCUCAAUCCUAAACAACCGACCUUCAGCAAAGCACUACUUCAAUUCGACUCUACUGCAGGAAUGGACGAGGGCAACUACUGUCCGUUUCCGCUUUCUUAGGACGAAGAACUUGUUAGGCCAUCUGAUGUCCGUGGUUCGUCAGGAUCCUACCGUUACCAGAAGAUAUUUUUAUUCAAUUAAAGACAUCAGCAUCGGCGGUCGUUGCAUGUGUAACGGACACGCUGAUACUUGCGAUGUUCAGGAUCCUAAUAUGCCAAAAAAACUGGUCUGUCAGUGCCAACAUAAUACUUGUGGACCUCAAUGCGCGACGUGUUGCAAAGGCUUUGAACAGAAAAAAUGGCGACAGUCUACGGCGUCCAAGAAAUUCAAGUGCGAGCCCUGCAACUGCUUUGGACACUCAGACGAAUGCAUCUACGAUCCGGAAACCGACGAGAAGCAUUUAUCGUUGGAUAUUCACGGUAAUUACGAGGGCGGCGGUAUCUGCCAAAAUUGCAGGGACAAUACCGAAGGCAUCAACUGUAACCGUUGUAAACCGAAGUUCUACAGGCCACGAGAUAAGCCUCUGAACGCGACUGACGUAUGCCAAUCUUGUGACUGUGAUUACUUCUAUUCAACGGGAAAUUGCGCGGACUCCACCGGUAGGUGCGAGUGCCGAAAAGAGUUUACACCACCAAAUUGUGACUCCUGUAACUACGGAUACUUCGGCUAUCCCAAUUGCAGACCAUGCGAAUGUCACUUGCCGGGUACCGACGGUUACCACUGUGAAGCGACGGACGGUUAUUGCCCUUGCAAAUUGAACUACGCCGGUCACUACUGCAAUCUCUGCGCGGAGGGAUACUACAACUUUCCCGAGUGCCUACCAUGCAGUUGCAAUCCUCUGGGCGCUCUGAACGACUUAUGUGACGUAGUGUCUGGUAACUGCACAUGCAAGAAUAACUACGGCGGUAGAACAUGCGAUAUUUGCGAGAAUGGAUAUUUCAAUUAUCCCUUCUGCACAUAUUGCAACUGUGACCCUCGCGGAACUGAAUUCAGCAUUUGCGACAAGCAAGACGGCGUUUGUCUGUGCAAAGAAGGAUAUGGCGGUACUAGAUGCGAUAUAUGUAUCCCCGGAUACUAUGAUUAUCCCAAUUGUAAACCGUGCAAUUGCAGUGUCGUUGGCUCGUCCACUGUUAGCUGCGAUUCCUCAGGCAAAUGCUCGUGUCUUGCCAAUUUCGCCAGUAGAACUUGCGAUCAGUGCAGCCCAGGAUAUUAUAAGUACCCGGAAUGUAUUCCGUGUAGCUGCGACAGCCACGGUUCGAUCGGCGUGUCCUGCGAUGGCGAAGGCAUGUGCCAAUGUCGCGAGAAUUUCGAUGGCAUUCGAUGUGAACAGUGCAAGGAGGGCUAUUAUAAUUUCCCAACCUGCGAAGGCUGCAAUUGCGAUCCUGCUGGUAUAGUCGCGACCUUCCAAGGUUGCGGUUCUCUGCCACCUGGCGAACUCUGUCAAUGCAAGGAUCGUGUCGAAGGCAGAAUAUGUAACCAGUGUAAACCGCUUUAUUGGAAUUUACAACCUUACAAUCCGGACGGAUGUGAAAAAUGUCAUUGCAAUAUUUUCGGAGUCAUCGGCGGUAUCGGCGAAUGCGAUACCAAGACUGGACAAUGUAUAUGCAAACCCGGCGUAACUGAUAGAGAAUGUAGUCGAUGCGUCGAUGGAACAUACAAUCUUCAGGAGAGAAACAUCUUCGGCUGUUCCGAUUGUGCCUGCGAUGUUGGCGGUUCUGUGAGUCCGAUAUGUGACAAACAAACCGGUCAGUGUCCUUGCCAACCGCGAGUAACCGGUCUGACGUGCAAGGAACCCUUGAAGGCGCAUUACUUCCCUACUCUUCAUCAGUAUCAGUAUGAAGCUGAGGACGGCAGGACACCGAGCGGUAGUCGCGUCCGCUACGGCUUUACGGAUGACCAUUUCCCGGGCUAUAGUUGGAAAGGUUACGCCGUAUUUUCUGCUCUGCAAGAUAAGAUUAUAUUGGACGUUGAUAUCAUCAAGUCCUCGCUUUAUCGGAUGGUCUUGCGCUAUGUAAAUCCCAACAACGAACCAAUCCUUGGUAUUAUUACUAUCAUUCCGGACAACCCGUCCGAAGUAGAGCAACAAUUUAAGGUAAACUUCAAGUCGUCCAGCCGACCAUCUUUCCUGACGGUUGCCGGAAUCCAUGGCAAUCAGCCGUCGCCCAUGGUUAUGAAUCCUGGACAUUGGUCCAUCAACAUCGCUGCGAAAAAAAGUCUGUUCCUCGAUUAUUUCGUCCUUUUGCCAUCCGAAUAUUACGAAGGCACAAUACUGACGCAAGAUGUAAAUAUGCCUUGCGAAAUCGGCUACAAAGGACUUUGUAGGCACUAUGGCUAUCCGAAUCUAAUGCGAUUUGACUUAGUUCGUGGCGCAGGUGGUUUUAUCACCGAGGAAAACCUUAGAAUCUCAUUAACUGAUCACUUGACCGAUCAAGAAGUUUUACAAGAGAUCGGAGAGGACAAGAUACCACUCAUUAACGGCCAACAGGAGGAGAUUCUCUUUGAGCUCAGGAUCAGUAAACCUGGUCCUCAUGUUCUCGUAGUAACUUAUGUAACUCCACGCGACGAACAAGCCACGUUAGUUCUACUGAUUGAGGCCGAUACUAUCGGUAAAGGUAAAGUUACUUUGAAUCCCUGUAAAUAUACCAGCAUUUGCCGACAAGUCGUCACUGAUACUUAUGGUAAAAUAUCCGUCAUGAAUUUUCCGUCCAAUUAUAUCAGCUUAGUGUUGACCGGCGAUUCGACAUCAAACGUCGGUAUCCACUCGAUAGUGGCUAUCCCCUACAAUCAAUGGUCACUGGACUACGUGAAGCCAAAAUCCAUCUGUGUAAGAAAGAAUGGCAAAUGUGUCCAGGGACUCUUUCCCGACGCUGAUGCCAAGAAGAUCGAGUUCGAAACGGCUGGUGUACUCGAGGCUGAAUAUCGACCUCCUGAUAUCUACGAUAACACCACUAAACUGAUUUACUUGGGUGGCAAUAGUAACAGCGUAGAUAUUCGCGCCAAAGUGCCUCAGCCAGGAGAUUACGUUUUCGUGAUGCAGUAUUAUCAACCGGAUCAUCCUCAGUUCAAACUGGAAAUGCUCGUGCAGAACGGUAAAUUCUACGAAGCGGAGAUUCCAGUGCCACACUGUCCCAGCAAUAGUGGCUGCCGCAGCAUUGUUCGCCAGAUGGAUGGUGGCGGUAUUACGUUCCAGUUGAUCGAAAACGUCGUGUUGACUUUGAAACAACCUGCUGACAAUCGUAGCAUUUGGUUGGAUUACAUGCUGGUGAUACCGGCAGAUCAGUAUAAUGAAAAGAUCCUCGGAAAGUUGCGGUUCGAUCAGACGAAGGAAUUCAUCAAGCGCUGCGGUAAUAAUCACUUUCACAUCAAUGUCACUGAAGACGGUUUCUGCCGUGAUUCCAGUUUCUCACUGACUGCCAAUUACAACAACGGGGCACUGCCCUGCAACUGUAUCAUCGAUGGUUCCACCAGCUUGGAAUGUGAAAAAUUCGGCGGCCAAUGUCCCUGCCGGCCGAACAUUAUUGGCCGGCGCUGCGAGAUUUGUAAGACCGGCUUUUAUGGCUUUCCCCGAUGCAGACCUUGCAACUGUCCCACAACUGCUUUAUGCGAAUCCGAUAGCGGUAGAUGUAUUUGUCCAUCCCACGUAACAGGAGCACGAUGCGAUCAAUGCGAAGUUGGUACUUACGGUUUCCACCCUAUUAUCGGAUGCGAGGAAUGUAACUGCUCACCAGAUGGUGUUUUGGAUGGUGAUUUACAAUGUGAUUUACUCGAUGGCAACUGCCGUUGCGAAAAGAAUGUAGUCGGCCGUCGAUGCGACCGUUGCCACGCCGGUUAUUCGCACUUUCCGCGUUGUGAGCGCUGCGACUGCGACUUGCGCGGCACUACUAGCGACAUUUGUGACCAGAUUACUGCUGAAUGCUUUUGUAAGACAAAUGUACAAGGUCUGGCAUGCGACGUAUGCCGCGAAGGCACUUUUGAUAUCCAGGCGUCGAACGAAGAUGGUUGCACCAAAUGCUUCUGCUUUGGUAAGACCACUAGAUGCGCCUCAGCGAGCCUCUACUGGGCCCACUUAAUGAAUAUGGAAAAUUGGGAGCUGGUCUUGCCCAUCGACAAGAGCGGCAACUUUACCGACUUAUCGACCUAUCCCGACGACGUGAAUGCAACCACAAUCGUUGCCUCUCUCACCACCAACGAUACUUUCGAAAAUGUCGUCUACUUCUCGGCGCCGGACACCUAUCUGAAUAAAAAACUGACCUCCUAUGGUGGCUACUUUAAUUACACUAUACAUUAUAGCACGGGACCGUUUGGUAAGGCUGUCGGCGUCGCCGACGUGAUCCUUCAAGGCGCCGACACCACGUUGUUCUACCACUCCGAGGAGCAGCCACCAUCAUUUACGAACUUCAGAGCAUCUGUUCAUCUCGUCGAAACUAAUUUCCUCACUGUCAACAAACUGAGCGUCACAAGAGAACAAAUGAUGGUGGUUCUCGAAGACUUACGUAGAAUAUAUAUACGCGCUACAUAUUGGAAUCCCAGCAUCACUGCCUCGUUGUCCUAUGUAACUCUAGACGUCACGACGGAACAAUACUCAGCUCAAUAUAGUGUCCGGGCUAGCAGCGUGGAGCAAUGUCAGUGUCCGCCUAAUUAUCAAGGACUUUCAUGCGAGGAAUGCGCCCCAGGUUAUUACAGAGUACAAUCAGGAUCAUAUGGCGGAUAUUGCGUGCCUUGUCAAUGCAAUGGCCACGCAAGCACGUGCGAUGUAAACACCGGAAUCUGCCAAGACUGCAAGAAUGGCACCAUCGGCGACCACUGCGAAUUCUGCGAGCAGGGCUAUUAUGGCAACGCUACUGUGGGAACACCGACAGACUGCCUGAUUUGUGCCUGUCCGCUGCCGGUUGUCUCCAACAACUUCGCCAUCGGUUGCGAGGUGAACGAUGAAGGAAACAAGAUCAGUUGUGACUGUCUGCCUGAAUAUUAUGGCGCUCGCUGCGAAGCAUGCGCCGCUGGCUACUACGGUAAUCCCGAAGUAUACGGCGACUAUUGCAAGCCGUGCGAAUGCUCCGGUAACAUCGACACUAAUCAGAUCGACUCAUGCGACUCAAUUACUGGUGAAUGCUUGCAAUGCCUGAACAACACUUAUGGCGAGGCGUGCAAUCUGUGCGCGCCCGGCUACUUCGGCGACGCCGUGCAACGGAAGGAUUGUAAGAGCUGCGUGUGUGACGAGUGCGGCAUGGAGCACUGUGACAGUUACAGCGGUAAAUGCUUUUGUAUGGAAAACGUGAUCGGUGAACGCUGCGAUCGCUGCGCGCCUGAUCACUAUGGCUUCAGCAACUGUAACGGCUGCAAGGCGUGUGACUGCGGAUUAGCAUCCGAAAGUAGCCAAUGCGACGACGAAACGGGUCAGUGCAAAUGUAUGCCGGGAGUCACUGGUCGUAGGUGCGACCAGUGUAUUCAAGGAUAUUGGAACUACAGGCCAGACGGAUGCGCAUCAUGUGGAUGUCAUACUGGCUACUCUGUCGGGGUAUCAUGCAACACAACGACUGGCCAAUGCACUUGUUUACCGGGUGUAAUUGGAGAAAAAUGUGAUCAUUGCCCGUAUCGACACGUACUCAUCCCGACACAGGGCUGUUUUUCUUGUGGUUCCUGUAUCGGGAAUCUCUUAGACGUAACAGAUGAAUUGACCGAUUUAUUAGAACCUAUCUCGCGCGAAUAUAGUACAGUCGCGGAGGGCUACUUUACGAAUCAACGAUUGAAGUUUAUCAAUGAUACGGCGAACGAACUCUAUCCCGAAGUGAGAGUACUAGAUCCAAGCAGAGUGAACCUGUUACCAUUGCAGAAAAAACUAGGAGAGUUGGAGCAUGAAAUGUCCAACCGGAAACGGCAGAUUGAGUUUGCUGCCGAAGACAGUAUCAAAUGGAAAGACGCCGCAGGAAACACGCUGAAGGACAUGAACCAUUUGGAAGAGGAUGUAGUGCGUGAAAUUGAACUAGUGAAUCAAAUCGUGUCUGAGGUGCAGUCUCUAGCGUUAAAUAUCGAAUUGGGAACGAGCGCGAAGGUCGACAAUGCUCUGAAUGAAGCAAAGGAGAUCCUGAAGAAGAUCAAGGAUGUUUCCUUCGUUAAAUUCCGGGAUGACGCGGUAGACCAAGUAGACCAAGCGAACAUCCUGGUGUCCGAAAUGCAGAAGUAUAACUUCCCCGUCAGUAAUCUGAGUAGCACCGCAGCCAGUCUUAGUGACAAAAUUAGGAACGCUAGCGCCAAGAUGGAUGAUUUGUUGGAUAUCGCGCAGAAGGCUCAAGAAUUGGCCAAUAUGGUGGACAAACUUAAUAGAGAUAACAGAUUCGCCGCCGAAACCGGUAAUUUUGAUGUUGUGAAGAACUAUACGGUAGAGGCAAAAGAAGAUUUGAAAGCCGGAGAUACUCUCAACAAAAAUGCCAGUCAGCAUCUUGAUAAAGCAAAAGAGAUCAUCGAUAUUCUACUGAUGCACAACAUCACAGAUGCUACCAUGCAGUUAAAUAGCACCAUUGUCGAAAACGAUCAAAUGCUGAUUGAGUUGGAGACACCGAUGCGGGAUGCCCGCGAUCACGCGGCGUACCUCUACAAUCAUUCUCUGGCACUAGACAAUUUGUUGACUGACACUCGCAAUACAAACGCAGUGAGGGCCGUUUCUGCGUACAAAAACAUCGAAAUCGCGAUUCAAGCCGCGAGAAACGCCGCAGAUGAAGCCAUGAUUGCUGCCGAGAAUGCGACAUCACUGUCCAGUGAUAUUGAACAGAAGAUGUUGAAUUCUCAAAACGAGUGUUACAAGUUACUAGAUGCCGCACGCCUCACUUUAGAGAAAACGAGAGGACAGCCUGAGAACGAUUUGCAAGACGCAAGGAACCACGCAGCUCUAAUCGACAAGCAAAACAAACACAACAAGGAAUUAUUGGAUUAUAUCCAUAAGGCACUUACGAGUAUUCCUUCGCAAUCAUCCACGGUAGCACAUGACGCUAUGAAUCAGGCAAUGAGUGUCGAGCGCAAUAUUCAGAGCGCUAUAAAUGGUAUGAACGGCAUUGUAGAUCGAAUUCCGGAAGAUUUGCGGGAAACGAAGCAGUUGUCAAAGGAUACGUCGGAAUCGAUUCGUGAUAUCUCACAGGCGAACAAGCAACUGGAUAUUGUGGACAAGGUGGUGCCGAACAUCACCAAUCUGUUGAAUAGCUUGAACAGCAACCAAAAGUCGAUAGAUACUACCGGUAAAGAUUUGCAGAACAAGAUCGAAGCCCUGAAGAACAAGAUCGCGAAUGCUCGAGAACUGGCUGACCGAUUCAGGUAUGGCUUAACUUUCUACAGAAACACUACUCUAGAGCUGAAGAAUCCGGAGAGCCUGCCGCUGCUGGCCACCUCCACCAAGGUCUCCCUCUACUUCAGAACCAACAAGACAAAUGGCUUUUUACUAUACCUCGGUAACGAGGAGAAGGCAAAUUUACCACGCUCUAAAACACAUGAUUUCAUGGCGUUAAUGACCGAGAGCGGAUACCCAGUGCUAAUAAUCGACCUGGGUGCCGGACCUGAGAAGAUAAUUCAUAAUAAAUUUGUAUCAGAUAACGUGUGGCGGCAAAUAAUUAUCUACAGAACGGGCAAAAACGUGAAGUUGAUAGUUCGUGAGGAUAUCGGAGAAGGUCGGGACAAGUUGUACGAGAAGGCACGUGUCCUGACAGGCCCUUAUUAUAUCUUCAACGUGGAUCGGGAACAAUCGAAGCUCUUUAUAGGUGGCUACCCGUCGUCUUUCCAUAUUCAAGAUGCUGUGACCGCAUCGUCAUUUGAAGGCGAGAUGGAGGAGUUGGUAAUAGGCGACAUACCAGUGUCUUUCUGGAAUUUUGUUUACGGAGAGAACAACCAGAAGAGCGCGCUCGAACGCGAUAAGCUCGUCAACUUCCAGCCGAGCACGGGAUAUCGUUUUGAUCGGCAUGGUUAUGCGAUUCUCAGUAAGAAAGACUCACAGAUCACGCCGGACUCCAAAAGAUUUAGUAUCAAAUUGUCUUUCAAGACCUUCGCUGAAGACGGGCUAAUUUACUUGAUGGGUAAAGGCAGACAAUUCCUGUCACUACAAAUGAAGAACGGUCGGUUGUUGUACCAGUAUGAUCUUGGUGAAGGUGUGAUUCCCUUGGAAUCCUUAGACAAAUACAAUGACGGUGACUGGCAUAUCUUAGAGGCUCUUAGACUCGAAAGAAGUGGUGUGCUCAAAGUAGACGGUCACAAAGUAGAUAAUAUCGAAUCAAGUGGAACUGCCAGAACUUUAUCAUCUUCGGAUCAUAUCUUCUUUGGUGGAUAUCCGCCCAACAUGAAGCAUCCCUACCAGUCGGUCACUAACAACGGUUUCGAGGGUUGCAUCGACAACGUUAUUAUCUUCGACACUUCGAUUGAUCUCACGCGCAAUGUGCAGGCAUUUGGAGUUAUUCCUGGUUGCCCAGUCAGGUUCGCUAGCCUCGUUUCCUUCGAAAAGGAUAUGCCUGGCUACGUAAGAUGGCAGAACUUUAUGUCAGAUGGCUUGCAAGUAAACCUGAAAUUUAAGACUUCAGCCAAUAACGGACUGAUCUUCUAUGCGAUUGAUGACGACCAAAGCACGAACAACGGUUAUCUCUCAUUGUUGAAUGGUCGGUUAGUGUUUAUUAGCCAGGGUGUCGAGUUAUGGACUGAUCCCUCGGACAUGAAAUUCAACGACAACGAAUGGCACGUGGUAACAGUCACUCUGGAUCAACAAUCGGGCCUUAGCCUUGACAUCGAUGACACGAAGAGCUACAGAUCAGAUUCGUCGCCACCACUUCUACACUUCCUUCAUGGUAACCUGUACAUCGGCGGAUUGCCAUUAAGAUUGGAUCCCGAUAGUACAAUUAUGCCUUUUGUCGGCUGUAUCGGCGAUGCAACACUGAACGGCGAGAUUAUCAUCAAUUUCGCUAAUUCGACUGAGAGGCCGCACGCAUUUUUGGGGAAAUGCAAAGGUGGUGAUCAGACAGCUCCACCAUCAAUCAUCGAACCCGAACUUCCAUUGUUGCUACCAGUAGAAGGUUCAGAAGAACCAAUAGAGCUAUCGACUCAGAUUAGCAUAGUAGACAUCGAUCUUGAAAAAGAGGAUGAGGAAGAAGAACCCGAUUUGGAAGGCCGAAUGAACGUUGAGAAAGUUGAUUUUAUUACCACAAGUACUACGCAGAUUCCAACUGAACCUAGUAUUCAAAUGGAUGACGAAUGUCAUCUGCCCUAUUAUCCAGCUGUAGAUCCUAAUUUGAAAAACAUGGUUUGGCGAUUCGGUAUCUUCAGGAAUAGUAGGUUGCAAUAUAAAAUGCUGAACGAAAGAUUUAAGGACAGCUACAACUUUCAGAUCAAUAUAAAGACACUGGCCAAUGACGGAAUUAUAUUCUAUAGCUCCAACCUCAAUCAGCAGAAUGACCCAGACUUCGUUGCCGUGUAUGUGCUCGAUGGAGAGGUUCAUUACAAAUUCGAUUGCGGAAGCGGAAUGCUGUCGCUAGUAAACGAUAAGAAAAUUAAUGACAAUGAAUGGCAUACUGUGCUCUUUACGAGAGAUGGUAAACACGGCCAGUUAAUUGUGGACGAGGAAAAGGUAGAAGGAUACUCUCCAGGGGAUUCUACUGCUAUCGACGUCAAUCCACCGUUCUUUAUUGGCGGAGUAUUACCGCAAAUGUCCAGCACCGCGCAUAUAAAUAUUGGUCUCAAUAAGACAUUUAAUGGAUGCUUGGGAAACUUCAUGGUAAACGGACACACAGUAGAACCAUCGCAGAAGGUAGAUGUGAUGCCUUGCUCAGAAAAGGUUGAAUCUGGUAUCUUCUUUUAUCCAGGAAACGGUAGUAACUUGUACAAAGCAGCUGACCGAUUCAACGCGGAUCGUGGGUUUGAUAUUCAAUUAGAUAUAAAACCACGUACAACAUCCGGGCAUUUGUUAUCAGUGCACGGUAAAAGAGACUUCAUCAUCUUGGAGAUGAUCAACGGCACUAUCAAGUUCGUUGUAAAAACGCAGAAAGGCUCGAUCGAGACCUCAUUCGUAACAAAUCCGAACUCUCUAUGCGACGGUCAUUGGCAUAAUAUUCGAGCCAUCAAACGGAAAAACGCAUUGUUGCUGUCAGUUGAUCAUAAAGCAGCGACACCUGCAAUCUUCAGCGGCAGAAGCGUGGUCAGGGUUCUAUCGAAGCAUCCGGUAUUUAUCGGCGGCCAGCCGAAUUUGGGAAAGGGACUUCGAGGCAGUAUGUCGCAGGCACAAUAUAUCGGCUGCAUCUCCAACAUUUUAAUUAACUCUCAUAGCAUCGAAAUCACGCCCGAGCGAGCUUACGGUCGAGUUCUUGCUGGUGUAUGUCCGACCAUUUAAAACGUAAUAAUCUCCAAAUGAGCUAUGAAAAUUUGUUUAUCAACUUUUUUUUUUGAAAUAUCACAGUUAUUAUCUUUAGUGCUUCAUUGAAAGAUGAAAAAUAAACAUAUAACGAGCGAAAGAUUGAACUCGUAAAUUCGUUUGAUUCUUUUUCGAGAAGAAAAAACUUCCUCGUUUUUACUAGAAAUUGAGAAAAAACAACUGGUACAAUAUGAUACAAAAACUUUUUCUUUUUUUACCAAAGAUACGAUUUAAGAUACCUGAUUUUCUGCCACGGCUAUCUUGAUUGAUGACGUCAGAAGUGAGCAAAUAUACAUUUAAAAUUGCAAAAUAUGAAAAAACAAAUGAAAGUAUAUACAAAAUGACAAUUGUGAUCAAUUGAACAGAUUUGUAAAACACUUUGUUUACGAAAUAUUUAUAAAUCUGU